CAACGAACGAGAAAUGGGAGGCUACCAGAAUGAAGAGAGACAAUUUUCCGAAUAAACGUGGAGGAGGAAGGUCCAGAGGUGCUGCUGGUGAAGGAGGAGGGGUGUGAAGUGGGUCUGUGGAAGCCUGAGGGGACCAUGGUCAUGGAUGACAACAGAACUACACUUCCUCCCGAAACUACAGAGGAACCAGUUGAGCAGCACAGGACCACACAGUCUCACUGAGUACGAGCUGAAUGUGCACCUGAAGAUCCACACGGGAGAGACUGUACACACUGUGGGAAGAGGUUCUCAGAGAGGAGCUACCUCAAGAUACACCAGCAGAAAAACCAUUCCACUCUAACAUAGAAAGUAACCAUUCUACUCAAUAGCUUCUGAUGUUUAGAUCAAACCCUGAGAGUAACAGAUUUCAGUGUUGAAUAUUGCAUCCAGACAUUUUUUGAUAUACACGGUAUAAGGCACAUACAGUGCCUUCAGAAGGUAGUCAUACCCCUUGACCUAUUCCACAUUUUGUUGAAUACAGCCUGAAUUCAAAAUGUAUUAAAUAUUUUUAAUACAACAUCUCAAAUCUCACCCACACAAUACCCCAUAAUGACAAAGUGAACACGUUUUUAGAAAUGUUUGCAAAUGUAUUAAAUUAAAUACACUGCUCAAAAAAACAAGGGAACACUAAAAUAACACAUCCUAGAUCUGAAUGAAUGAAAUAUUCUUAUUAAAUACUUUUUUCUUUACAUAGUUGAAUGUGCUGACAACAAAAUCACACAAAUUAUCAAUGAAAAUCAAAUCUAUCAACCCCAUGGAGGUCUGGAUUUGGAGUCACACUCAAAAUUAAAGUGGAUGUCCUUAAAACAAGUCCAAAUGAGGCUCAGUAGUGUGUGUGGCCUCCACGUGCCUGUAUGACCUCCCUACAACGCCUGGGCAUGCUCCUGAUGAGGUGGCGGAUGGUCUCCUGAGGGAUCUCCUCCUAUACCUGGACUAAAGCAUCCGCCAACUCCUGGACAGUCUGUGGUGCAACGUGGCGUUGGUGGAUGGAGCGAGACAUGAUGUCCCAGAUGUGCUCAAUUGGAUUCAGGUCUGGGGAACGGGCGGGCCAGUCCAUAGCAUCAAUGCCUUCCUCUUGCAGGAACUGCUGACACACUCCAGCCACAUGAGGUCUAGCAUUGUCUUGCAUUAGGAGGAACCCAGGGCCAACCGCACCAGCAUAUGGUCUCACAAGGGGUCUGAAGAUCUCAUCUCGGUACCAAAUGGCAGUCAGGCUACCUCUGGCGAGCACAUGGAGGGCUGUGCGGCCCCCCAAAGAAAGGCCACCCCACACCAUGACUGACCCACCGCCAAACCGGUCAUGCUGGAGGAUGUUGCAGGCAGCAGAACGUUCUCCACGGCAUCUCCAGACUCUGUCACGUGCUCAGUGUGAACCUGCUUUCAUCUGUGAACAGCACAGGGUGCCAGUGGCGAAUUUGCCAAUCUUGGUGUUCUCUGGCAAAUGCCAAACGUCCUACACGGUGUUGGGCUGUAAGCACAACCCCCAUUUUGCAGGGCUCUGGCAGUGCUCCUCCUGCUCCUCCUUGCACAAAGGCGGAGGUAGCGGUCCUGCUGCCGGGUUGUUGCCCUCCUACGGCCUCCUCCACGUCUCCUGAUGUACUGGCCUGUCUUCUGGUAGCGCCUCCAUGCUCUGGACACUACGCUGACAGACACAGCAAACCUUCUUGCCACAGCUCGCAUUGAUGUACCAUCUUGGAUGAGCUGCACUACCUGAGCCACUUGUGUGGGUUGUGGACUCCGUCUCAUGCUACCACUAGAGUGAAAGCACCGCCAGCAUUCAAAAGUGACCAAAACAUCAGCCAGGAAGCAUAGGAACUGAGAAGUGGUCUGUGGUCCCCACCUGCAGAACCACUCCUUUAUUGGGGGUGUCUUGCUAAUUGCCUAUAAUUUCCACCUGUUGUCUAUUCCAUUUGCACAACAGCAUGUGACAUUUAUUGUCAAUCAGUGUUGCUUCCUAAGUGGACAGUUUGAUUUCACAGAAGUGUGAUUGACUUGGAGUUACAUUGUGUUAUUUAAGUGUUCCCUUUAUUUUUUUGAGCAGUGUAUAUAACUAUCAAAUUUACAUAAGAAUUCACACCCGAGUCAAUACAUGUUAGAAUCCCCUUUGGCAGCAAUUACAACUGUGAAUCUUUCUGGGUAUGUCUUUAAGAGCUUGACACAGCUAGACUGUACAAUAUUUGCACAUUCUUUUUUAAAUUAUUCAAGCUCUAUCAAGUUGGUUGUUGAUCAUUGCUAGACAGCCAUUUUCAAGUCUUGCCAUAGAUGUUCAAGCCUACUUUAGUAAAACUAUCUAGGCCACUCAGGAACAUUCAAUGUCAUCUUGGUAAGCAACUCCAUUAUAAAUUAUGCUUGCGUAUAUUUGGCCUUGUUUUAGGUUAUUGUCCUGCUGUUUGUUGGAAAGCAGACAGCCAGGUUUUUCCUCUCGGAUUUUGCCUGUGCUUAGCUCUAUUCAGUUAAUUUUUUGUUAUCCCCAGUCCUUGCCCAUGACAAGCAUAUCCAUAUCACAAUGCAGCCACCACCAUGCUUGAAAAUAUGAAGAGUGGGACUCAAUGAUGUGUUGUGUUAGAUAUGCCCCAAACAUAACGCUUUGUAUUCAGGACAAAGUUAGCAGUUUUACUUUGGUGCCUUAUUCCAAACAUUUGUAUUCUGUACAGGCUUCCUUCUUUUCACUCUGUCAUUUAGGUUAGUAUUGUGGAGUAACUACAAUGUUGUUGAUCCAUCCUCAGUUAUUCCUCUUCCAGCCAUUGAACUCAGUAACUGUUUUAACUCACCAUUGGCCUCAUGGUGAAAUCCCUGGGUGGUUUCCUUCCUCUCUGGCAACUGAGUUAGGAAGGACGCAUGUAUUUUUUGUAGUGACUGGGUGUGACUUUUGUAGUGACAAUUUAACGUGUAAUUAAUAACUCCCCCAUGCUCAAAGGGAUAUUCAAUGUCCCCCCCCCCCCCCCCCCCCCAAUCUAGAAGUUAUCUUCGUUGCAAGGCAUUGGAAAACAUCCCUGGUCUUUGUGGUUGAAUUUGUGUUUGAAAUUCACUGCUCGACUGAGGGACCUUACAUAAGUGAGGGAUCUUACAAUAAGUAUACAACCUUUUAUGGCAAGCCUAAAUAUGUAUGGGGUACAGAGAUGAGGUAGUUAUUCAAAAAUCAUGUUGAACAUGAUUGCACACAGAGUGAGUCCAUGCAACUGUGACUUGUUAUGCACAUUCUAACUCCUGAAUGUAUUUAGGCUUGCCAUAAGAGGUUGAAUACUUAUUGACUUCAGACAUUUCAGCUUGUAAUUUAAUUCAUUUGUAAAAUAUAUAUAUAUAAACCUAAUUCCAUUUUGACAUUAUGGGGUAUUGUGUGUAGGCCGGGGGGGGGGGGGGGUGUAUUAAUUAAAACACAAAUUAUGGAAAAAGUCAAGGGGUGUGAAUACUUUAUGAAGGCACUGUAUUUGUUGGGUGGUUAUGCAAUACUUUUUUGUAAACGAAAUGUGCAAUUCACUCUCCGACCUGUGUCAGGCGGCAAUACACAACAACACGUCUAGUCUGCCGUAAAACCACACGAAGAAAAACAAGUAAACGGAAGUGAACAGUGACCAAGAACGCCUUAGCGAUUUUAUAGUUCUUAUUUCGACAUUUAUUAACUUAAAGUCAAAUUAAAUUUCAUAGCAAAACAUACUUACCACAGGCAGUCUUUAAUUCGCGUUAGAGACAGGACUUGGUUGAUAUGUGUUAUUUAGGUAACGCUAACUAGCUGCUAAGGUUAUCUAACAAUGGCUAACUGUAAUGGCAACGUUAUGGUUUUUCACACGCAAAUAGCCUCCAUUAUGGAGGUUCUAGCGAAUGCAGCCGUAGCAGAGAUCUGUAAACUCGUAGAUGACGACUAUGCAGUGUGUCGUUUGGAAAUAACUCAAAGCCAGAAAGAAAACAGGGGAUUGCGAAGGAAACUACAGCUACUGGAACUGAAGGUGGCACGGGAGCGCGCAGAUAGGACAAUGCGAGAGCGCGUCCUCGGCAGUCGUCCCAGAAGUGUCAAGAUCCUCGACCGAUACAGAGGAAUGACAAGAGGUGAAGGACAUCUCACUGAAGGCCACAGGAGCUUUGUGAAGCCAGCAGGACACAGCACAUGGAGAGAUGACCAACCAAUCACUGUUGAUGAGGGGAGUGGAACCUCAACCCAGCACAUUAUCGUGAUAGAGUCUGCAGCUGCAGAGGCUGCAGGUUCUGGAGUCAAGCAGGAGAAGACUGAAGGAGAGAAGGACCCACGGCACAGCAGAGACAACCAGACUGGAGGGUCUGGAGCGCCCCCUGUACCCACGGAGAACUCCACCACCGCCCCAGCACAGCCCAGGACCCGACACAGCAUCACGGAGGUCAGUGGAACGCAGAACGCCGUUCUCAAGUCAGCGACAGACACCAAGACUUUAACUGUAACACACAGGCUCUUACACACAGGAUCUGACCACAGAUCAGAACCAGAGAGACUGGGGGCGCGGAGACUGGGCGUUCCUCCUGCCCCCAGCUCAGACUAUUUACCUGUAUUUCACCAAAGCCAGAGGAUGGUUCAUUCAAGUGGGCUUGGUGAAUCUUUAGACACUGGCAGUGAUGAUCCGUCGUGUUCAUACUCUACAGAGCUAGACCCUGGCAACAUGCCCUUGGGUUUAGAGAUACAGACUGAUCUGUCUAGAGGGGACUGGAACCGUUACAGUAGUAGUGUAUACUCUGAAGGGUGCCUUGAUAAGAAAGGGGAGGGUCUAGUCGUAGAUGAAGUGACUAUGAAAUUGGAGGGUGAUGUUCCUCCCACAUGGAAUGCAGAUAGUAACCUAGGAGAUGGACACUCACAGGGCAGAGAUUUCUUAGAUUACAGGGAAAGCUUAGAGACAAAUCCAAAUGUCACGACCCACUCUCCUUUACACUUGUUCAGGGAUCACGACCCAGUGUCCACAUCGAUGGGCCCUUCCGAUUUACACAGCCACGUCCUUUUCCAUCAGGUUUUGAACUCAAAUGACAGGGAUAGAGCCCAGGCUCAGGGAGGGGGAGCCACAUCAGGCAAUAGUAAAGAGAAACGGUUCAGCUGUACCCAGUGUCACAUGCGCUUCACCGAAGCUGGCACCCUGAAGAGGCACCAGAGGGUCCACACAGGGGAGAAACCCUACAACUGUUCCCAGUGUGAGAAGAGGUUCUCCCGCCAGGACCAUCUGAAGAUGCACCUGAAGAUCCACACGGGAGAGAGGCCAUUUGCCUGUACGCACUGCGGGAAAAGGUUUUCAGAGAGGAGCUACCUCAAGAUACACCUGCAGAAAAACCAUUCCACUCUAUAACAUAGAAAGUAAUCAUUCCACUCGAUAGCUUCUGACGUUUAGAUCAAACCCUGUAUUAAAGGUAGACUCGGCAAGAUGAUGUACAGUACCUUCGGAAAGUAUUCAGACCCCUUGACUUUUUCCACAUUUUUUUUAGGUUACAGCCUUAUUCUGAAAUUGAUUAAAUUGUUUUUUCUCCCCUCAUCAAUCUACACACAAUACCCCAUAAUGACAAAGCAAAAACAGGUUUAGACAUUUUUGCUAAUUUAUUAAAAAUAAAAACAAAAAUGACAUUUACAUUUACAUAAGUAUUCAGACCCAAGCACCUUUGGCAGCAAUUGCAGUGUCAAGUCUUCUUGCGUAUGACCCUACAAGCUUGCCACACCUGUAUUUUGGGAGUUCUCCCAUUCUUCUCUGCAGAUCCCCUCAAGCUCUGUCAGGUUGGAUGGGUAGUGUUGCUGCACAGCUAUUUUCAGUUCUCUACAGAGAUGUUCGAUCGGGUUCAAGUCCAGGCUCUGGCUGGGCCACUCAGACAUUCAGAGACUUGUACUGUUGGAAGGUGAACCUUCCACUCUGGAGCAGGUUUUCAUCAAGAACCUCUCUGUACUUUGCUCCAUUCCUCUUUGCCUUGAUCCUGACUAGUCUCCCAGUCGCUGAAAAAAGAACAACACAAUAUGAUGCUGCCACCACCAUGCUUCACCGUAGGGAUGGUGCCAAGUCUCCUCCAGACAUGACACUUGGCAUUCAGGCCAAAGAGUUGAAUCUUGGUUUCAUCAAACCAGAGAAUCUUUGUUUCUCAUGGUCUGAAAGUCUUUAGGUGCCUUUUGGCAAACUCCAAGCAGGCUGUCAUGUGCCUUUUACUAAGGAGUGGCUUCCGUCUGGCCACUCUAUCAUAAAGGCCUGAUUGGUGGAGUGCUGCAGAGAUGGGAGAACCUUCCAGAUGGACAACCAUCUCCACAGAGGAACUCUGGAGCUCUGUCAGAGUGACCAUCGGGUUCUUGGUCACCUCCCUGAACAAGGCCCUCCCUCACCGAUUGUUCAGUUUGGCCGGGCAUCCAGGUCUAGGAAGAGUCUUGAUGGUUCCAAACUUCUUCCAUUUAAUAAUGAUGGAGGCCCAUGUGUUCUUGGGGACCUUCAAUGCUGUAUACAUUUUUUGGUACUCUUCCCCAGAUCUGUGCCUGUCUUGGAGCUCUAUUGCUUGUUUUUUGUUCUGAUAUGCACUGUCAACUGUGGAACUUUAUAUAGACAGGUCUGUGCCUUUCCAAAUCAUGUCCAAUCAAUUGCAUUUACUACAGGUGGACUCCAAUCAAGCAAUCUCAAAGAUGAUCCAUGGAAACAGGAUGCACCUGAGCUUAAUUUUGAGUCUCAUAGCAAAUAGUCUGAAUACUGAUGUAAAUAAGGUAUUAUUUAAUAACAUUGUCAUUAGGGGGUAUUAUGUGUAGAUUGCUGAGAAUUUGUAUUUAUUUAAUCCAUUUUAGAAUAAGGCUGAGACUUAACAAAAUGUGGAAAAGAUCAAGGGGUCUGAAUACUUUCCGAAGGCACUGUAGAUGUACAAAGUAAACCGCAGUAGUGGGUCAAUUUCCACAACAACUAAGUGUGUUGAAAUGCAAGGCCCAAACAUUGUGGAAUAUAUAAGUCAUAUUUAGAGGGCAGCAGGUAGCCUGGCGGUUAAACGCUUUGGGCCAGUAACCGAAAGGUGGCUGGUUCGAUUCCCUGAGUAGACUAGGUGUGAAAUCUGUCUCUGCCCUUGAUCAAUUUCUAAUUUCUCCUGUAAGUCGCUCUGGAUAAGAGUGUCUGCUAAAUGACAUAAACAUGUAAAGGUAAAAUGACAAACAGUAUAGCAUAAAAAGUAUGUUACAUAUUGUGUUUGUACUGUGUAGGCUAUAUGAUGUUCACAAAUGCCUAUUUCAUUACUUCCAUUCAACUACUUUUUAUCCCAGAAAACCUUUAAUGAGAAAAAGAAUGCAGUUCAUCAACUUCAUGCAGAUUUUUUUGUUCAAAUGCGUAUUUGUGGUUUUCAUAUGGUGUAUUUAAAACCUGUUUGUUUAAUAAACACAAAAUGGGACUUUUAA